ACAUCACGAAGCGAACUGCUGUACACGCAAUGCGGUCCUUGUUGUCUCUUUUUUGGGGUGCAAAUAUGUCGCAUUCAUGCGAUCUGCAAACUCAUCAACGGAUUUUAUAUAGAAGCUCUCAGGAAAGAACUAGCCAACUGUCACGCUUAAUAGAAAAUAAAUUACAAUAACAUGAAAGGGAACUAUAUUUGAAAUUACUUAUAUACUUAGUGUAUACUUAAAAAAAAAGUAAUGUAUCGUAUACAAUGGUGCUUGUAUGCGUUUAAGUAAACAAAUCUAAUGAAAUGCACGCAUUAGCGAAUACAUUACACUGUAGAAGCCGUGGAAGUAGCAGGCUACGUGCAAUACAGGUACGGAUACCCAAGCAAUAUUUCGAAAUAACAGAUACUGGUGCGUUUUAAAAACCGGGUGGAUGCGAUGCGUUAUCAGUCUGAAAGGUUUGACACUGUUACAGAAACUCUGUCUAUAAACAACUUGUUGGAAUGCAUUUAUUCGCAGACAUUGAUGGAUCGCUUCCCCCGAAAUCUAGGCUUGAUAUUAUGUGAACCAAUGGUUUAACAGUUGAAGUAGCUAACCGAGAGGUAAAACAUUCACCAUUGACAUUACUGACGGCGGUGAAUCGUGACGUUGGUUGUAGUAUAAUGUGACUGCCAAUUGUUUAGUGGGAUUGACUCGUGCGUAGUAUAAACGGGAUUACCUCUGAUUUCACUAAAUGUUGACGAUGUAAAUGUCCGCAAGUGUGUACGAAUACAUUGAAUUGGAUUAAACCGCAUUAGUGAUAAACAAAUAAUAUUAAUAGCGUACUCUUUACAUUUAUUUAUUUCAACAAUUUAGACUGUGUGACAUUUGUGUAAACUGAUAUUCGUUGAUUGGUUUAACCCAUGAUUUAGCGAUAUCGUAAUCAAAAUGCGAACUUUAAUUUAUUCAUUACAUGUGUUGGAAUAUUCAGUUUUAUUACACUUUAAACAAAGAGAAUAAAGUAGUAUAAUCUAGAUUAAAGAUAAACAGAAAAAAACUAGAACGUGUUCCAGACUAACGUGAAAAAUUGUGUUUGCCAAAGAUUCGGGUUCCAGAAGAAACAUCAACGGAUUAAUGCAUAAAACAAGUGAGAUAAGGUGAUAAGAGAUUGUUUAGACUGAUUAACGAAUACACCUGUUACUUUGAUCAAAGGUGCUUCAAGAAAUUCGUACGCUAUUUUACUCAACAUGGAGUGGAACUUAAUUUGGAAAUGCGUUUUUGGAGCAAUAUUAAGCACGUGUGCUUUCUGUUUUGAUCGGUUAGAGUUACCGGCCUACGAAUAUCAGAAGCGUUUCCAAACAGAGUUGUUGCCUGGCAAAUGCCCAUCGCGAAUCAUACAAUACCCAGAGUCAGUGUAUUCGGAACCAUGUAAGUUUCCUAAUCGGGCUGGGGUCGUCGAUUACAAGUUUAAGCCGGCGGAGACCACCAUACGAACCACCGUUACGAAUGCCUCUCAGCUUAUGUCAGCCAUUGGUCUAUGUGAUGCAAAAUCAGCAGAUUAUUUCGGCCUACUUGCAAAAGGAGAUUGUUUGGCUAGUGAAAUAGCCGGUAUGGUUGAUUUCGAUCCAAAGACGGCCACGUUUCUUUAUGUGGACCACUACCGACCCAGAGUGAAGACAUUGAUACCAACACAUCCCAUCAACAUCCCUCCUGAAUAUACACAGUACCUCAACAACAGCUUCUUCACUGAAAGCAUAUCUAUUGGCUCCGACGAAAUACUGCUCGUUGAGAUGCACUUUUCCAAGGUGAAAGAAGCCACGGUGGCCGGUGAGGAGUUCCACACUCCAGACAUGCUUGCGAUGAUGAUGCAUGUUGCGCGGUUUGUGGGAACUCCUCGAAAGAUAAAGGUAGUUCGAGUUUCCACUUCGGACCAAGUUGUCUUGGCGAAGGUGUUCCGUGGAGAAAUGGCCAUCUUCGAGGCGAUUGGCUAUGUGCAGGAAUGUGAGAAUGCCAUCGAGAAGGUAAGGCGUGAAUUGCAGGAGGGGCUGCGACACUCACAUUUGAAGUAUUCAUUUAAGGCAUAUGAGAUAGGACCCAUUGCACUGUCCCUACAAUCUAUCUCUGACAAGGCUAAACAACAAGCCUGGGAACAAAUUGCGCUUGUGCAGGUGGAAGCGAAACGAAUGUACAACAGGAAUAAACGAUACAGGAAAUUUUGCAAAUCCACGACGCUGUACGGAAAAUACUGCAAACAUGCACUUGACAUGGUCAAAGAGCUGAAGAAGCUGAACACACACAUUCAUACACAGAGGAGAGACUGGCUCAAGAUGCCGUACGAGAAACAGAUUGAAGUGAUCAACAGCGGAAAGCGAAAUAUAAAACUGUAUACCAACACUAUGCGAACUGUUUCCAAGCAGCUGGACCCGGUCCUCAAAAAGCGGACAAAAAAUUAAAUGCUCACGAAAUGCUUUAAGCGAAUUUUGGCGGACGUUUUUGAUCCAUGCAAAAUCAUCUCUUUGAUUUACAUAAAGCGUAAUCAGACCGCUUUUUGACGGAGCUUCGUUUGUUAUUUUCGAAUUAGAAACGUGACUUAAUAAUCACGUACGUCCAUGAGGUGGUAAAACAGGUGUGUUGCUUUGUUUAUCAACCAUAAAAGGACGCAGAGCUUUCAGGCGAUAAGAUAAUGAUGCCUAGACAAUGAGUCUGCGGUGUUAGAUUUGAAUUCGGAAUUUAUUGAAGAUAAAGUAAAGGAUGAGCGCAGAAACCAGCAAAACCAUCACCAGAGAAACAAGACGAGGUUAUCUCUUGCCAAAUAAUAGGUGUGGUCGGUAGUUAGGUGCAUUCAUGAAUUUGAUUUUAUACUUGAAACCAGUAUGCUCUAUUUAAAUGUCAUCUCCAAAUCCGUUUAAAAAAAUGAACUGUGUACUCCUAAAAGAAAUUUUUCUGACCAAAUACGUAAAACAGCAAUGCAACGGCAUAAUUAUAAUAACUAUGUAUCAAUAAAUCGUAUUUGAUUCUCUGAACCCGAUAGCAAAUGAUCUGGAGUACAACUAAUAAGUAUACUCCGAUAGUGCCAAAUGUGGUUUAAGAUGUAUUCCUUUCAUACGAAACCUUCGGAGAAAUAAUCAAACAAUUUUGAACGGUGUAUUGUGUGUGAUUUAAACAUUAUUUACUUUCAUUUGAACAACUGCCGUUUAGGAUAAAAUAAAUUAUUUGUUGUGGAAAGCGACUAGAAUAUGAUGUAAAUUGUAUGCCAAUGCAAUAUUACAUAAUACUAUAUUAUAAAACUACAUUAUGCCUGCGAUUUGUCAUUAUAAAUACUCUUCUUAUGUAUGAACAAUGUGCUAAAUCAGGUUUAAUUCUAUAGAGACACAUGUAUGGAUUUGUUUUCUAAUUGCAAUUUGUUAUCGCCAAAUAUGAUUAUUAUUGUCAAAAUGUUUUUUUUAAUUACCAUCGAAUAUAUGUAUUCUAAAAAAAACUGAUUAAGAAACACCCAUUUUAAUAUUUUAUAAUUAACAAAUACUUUGGUGUUUAAAGAAACCUUGUUUUAAACCUUAGUAUAAAAUUCAAUGAAUCAGAGAUUGUUUGACAUUUUAAAUAAUUCAACACAAACUGUUUCCUACUUGAUGUUUAACAUAUAGUCUUUAUAACGUAUAGGUAUAUUAAUAAAGCAUUUGUUUGUAAAGUAUUUAUGUGUAUAUUUUCGACUUGGAAAUAAAAGAAAUGUAUUAUGUAUUUAUUAUGCAAACCCACUCAUAAAUAAAUGAGAUGUAUACAUCAUUUAUAUUGACUCCUGUAUGCAACUGCUAGAAAUGUAUUCCAAACGUGUGUUUACGGUAUUUAUUUCAGUGAUAGAUGCACUGAUAUAAGCAACCAA